GAACUGCACUGUUGUUGCUAGGUUCAGUGACAGUCAGAAGUACUACUCUGCGUCUUAACACUAACCAAAAACCAACAAAUAUUGUCAUAGUGUACGUUUAGGUUAUUUUUAAUAGGAAGCUGUGAGUUUACAAGAUGCGUGCUCAAGUGUCUGGCGCUAUUCACAAUUAUUUCUCGGUUGUUUUAAGGAACUGUUGAACUCCAAAGCUAGCUAGCAUGUAAGCUAGCUAACGGUUUGUUGAUAGUCGUUUCUGGACAGUGUGUCACCCUAUUGUUGGACAACAACAAACUGCGACCUAAGGAAUUGUUAGAUAGCGUCAUGUAUGGCUGCGUACCAUUUUUUAAGACUUGCUCACCUACUGAAGAAAGGGCUGCCCACGAAAGAAGUCUGGACAAGAGCAAAUAACGCCUCAAUCUUGGUGUCAGCUCAGGUUGUAUUAAUGACUGCGCUGACAGACUUUGAACCUUUAGCAAAGAGACUUAGGGUUGAUAUAAGUGCCCCAACGUCCCCUCCAUCUUCUUCCCAAGUCUCAUCUUUAUGUAUUCAGAGCAGAGAUAAUGCAGUAGAUCAAGAAAGGAGGCAAAACAACACAGACACAAAGAUGGACAUACGGCCAAAGACUGGAGCAGACCGACUGCGAGGUGUUAAGACAAAAGGUUGUCAUCAAAGAAUUGGCCCCAGACCGCAACAGAAGUUCAGAAGCACUCUUGAACGAUGGUUGGUGAAGCCCCAAAAAAGUACAGCUGAAGUGUGCCAAACCCAAGAGGAUGUAGAGAUGGCUCACGAUAGUGCCUUUCAGAGCACCUCAGCUCAGGUUCAGGACCGCCAAAAUGCUGAAAAGCCUGCUGUGUCUGACUCGGAUGAAGAAACACAACCUUUGACACCACAGGACCUGGAUGAGUACAAUCCUGUGUCACCAGCUUCCAAGGACUCUGCAGGGAGUGGGCUAACACAGCCACCAUCCCACAAUUAUGAUGGAUUAGAGAAAGAAGAAAUGGAGACAGACUCAUCAGAGAGCUCCGUCAAGCACAAUGCCAAAAUAACAGACUUCUUUGCAGGGACCUCAUCACCAGGUGUUCCUGUGAGACGGGGCAGGCCGAAUAAGUCUCCAGACAAACCAGAUGCAGACAAGGAAGCUACAUCUGCUGUUGUCAAGCCUGAUGUCAAAUGGCUGGGGACGCCAAUUAGUGAGCUAAAGAGAAUGCCAGAAUGUGGCGGACCGCUUCCUCCACUGAAGGACGUUCCUGGCCAGCACACUGUGAUGAUAAGGACAGACCUUCUUCAGAGUGGUAAAGUUCCUGUUCCAUAUCCUACAAAGUUUAGGGAUACCUGGGAUGAUGUCCAUGUCAAGAUGCCCUGUUCCAGUAGCAACCUGUUUCCUGUACAGGAUGAGGAAACACUGGAACUACAGAAUAAGAGUAGGUGGGAGCUGAUCAAGGAAGCUUUAAACAGGGAAUUUACGAGUCCAUUUGAGCUGAGGAAUGCAAUACUGAAGUACAACUCCUCACAGGCCAAGAAAUGGGACUUCACUGCAUUACGUUUGUACUGCACUAAGGUCCUGGAGCCUGAUACUGCUGAACAUCUGUUUGACUCCCUGCUGCCAGACAUGGUGCAAUUAGCACUGAGAGCAUCUGAGCUCUGUACCAAGCCGAUACCCCUCCUCAAGCAAGGCACGAACCACUCCAUCACCAUGUCUCAGGAGCAGGUGGCAUGUCUGCUCGCCAACGCCUUCUUCUGCACCUUCCCCCGACGCAACUCCAGAAAGACUGAGUACCGCAACUACCCAGACAUCAACUUCUUCAGGCUGUUUGAGAGCUCAUCUUCAAGGAAGAUUGAGAAGCUGAAAACCCUGAUGUGCUAUUUCCAAACUUUCACUGAACAAAAGCCUACUGGACUUGUAACAUUCACACGAAGAAGCUUGGAAGAUCCUCUGAAUUGGAAAAGCUCAAAGACUCAGCUCACAAAGCUCCACAUUACGUGUGAAGGCACCAUUGAGGAUGAUGGUUAUGGAAUGCUUCAGGUGGAUUUUGCUAAUCAGUAUGUGGGAGGAGGAGUCACCAGUUCCGGGCUCGUCCAAGAGGAAAUCCGUUUCCUGAUCAACCCCGAGCUUAUCGCUUCUCGCCUCUUCACCGAAGCCCUGGAUGAUAAUGAAUGUCUGAUCAUCACAGGUACGCAGCAGUACAGCAAAUACACAGGAUAUGCUCAUACCUACCAGUGGGGCGGCAGCCACCAGGACACAACUCCAAGAGAUGGCUGGCAGAGAAGAUGCACAGAAAUUGUGGCGAUCGAUGCACUGCAUUUCAAGACCUUUCUUGAACAGUUUCACCCAGUGAGACUCAACCGAGAACUCAACAAGGCCUACUGUGGUUUUGCUCGCCCUGAAGAACAAAGCCAAAACCUUGCAGCAGUGGCUACAGGGAACUGGGGCUGUGGGGUUUUUGGAGGUGACACACGUCUGAAAGCUCUGCUCCAGAUGCUGGCAGCUGCUGAGGCGGGCAGAGAUGUGGCCUAUUUCACCUUUGGUGACAGCCAGCUCAUGACAGAUGUCCACAAGAUGCACUCUUUCCUAACUCAGAGGAAGAUCAGUGUCGGGGAGGUGUAUGAGCUCCUGGGGCAGUACUACAGCUCAGUGUGCAGGAACUGCCUUGGUCGACGCCCUGACGUCAGCCUCUACUCCUUCAUCUACCAACAGGUCAGCUCCUCCCUGGCGCCAGAGGACUCCGACAGGGGCUCGGCUAGACAUCACGUCCCUGCAGACUGCCGUUAAGGUCAGGUGGCUGAUGAGUCACCGUGCCUUAUCUUGGGAAAACGUCACAAAACCGAAUUAAAACAUUCUGUCUGCCUUUAAAUUUAUUUUUUAGCUUAAAUGUUUUUUGUAAGACAAACUUGAUUAACAGUGGGGGAUUUACCAAAUGUGCUCUCCACCACUGGCAGCUGAAAAUGACAAUCUGGCAUGCAGAUCCUUUUCACAAAGAACCGGACUGCAGAGGGUGAUUAGUUAUGACCCUGUCUGGCACUGUGUUCAUUUUGCUGCUGCUGGUAAUACACCAAUGUAUUGAGCUUCAAUACGACGCAAUUGUGAUUUUAAUGGUGAAGCAAAGGUUGCCAUCCAUCUUCUGAGUUUGUCAUGUUUCCUUUUUUUACACCCACACAUAUCCAGCCUAAUUGAAUUGGCUGUCAGAAAUCAAGUUAAAGGAAAAGAAUAACAAGAACAGGGUUUGGAAAGCUUGGAGCGGUCUCAGAAAACAGUUUGAUUUAAAGAGCAGCCUGGCUCUUAAGGGGAUAAUCUCUUAGCUGCUGCAUUCACAGCAAAGUUCUAGUUACAAUCACGGGUCCAUGAAUACAUUUUUGGGUUCUUUGCUGUAUGUGACACACUCCAAAGAACCCAGAUGCGCUUAAAAUAUUAAUUUGAUUUGUUUGUUUCUGUGUUUUAGAACUAAUUUCAGCAUGAAACUGUUAUUUUGAUGAAAAGUGAGAUGUUUUUCUGAAAGAUUUUGUUUUACAGCCUAAAUAAAAUCAAUUUAAAUGUAAAAUUCAGGUUUUUAAUAUUGCCUACCUUUUAUUCUGAAGCGCCAUUUGAAUAGAGCCACAAAUGUCAGCAAUACAUCUCCGAACAAUCAGGCUGAGGGCCUCUUGUCCCGCGGAUGUUACAGGCAAAAUGAGUUUCCAUACAGCCUUGCCAUUUAUCUUUCCCCAGCUAUUGCUUCAGCCUUUCACUCACAGUUUAAUAAGGUCAUACCUUUUAUAUAAACUGUACAUGACACCUCAUUAAGUAAAGAGUAGAUCAUAGAGUAUCCAGUCAGAGGCGAGAGUUGGGCAGUGGGGCUCCUGGGUGAUUUCUCUGUCUGUCAGGUGAAACACUGCUUCAUUUGCAUCAAGAAGAAGCUGUUUGGUGUGAGUCACAGAGGUUAGACCUUUGGCACUUUGUACUGAGGUUAUAUUUUGUCUUACUUAUUGAUAUGUGACAAUAUUCUUGGUACAAAAUACAGUUUUACCUAUGAUAUUGGGUUCACAAUAUUAAAAAUUGAAGCUGAUGUGUUUAUUAAAGUAAUGAUCUCAAAAAUUUUCAUGUAAA